AUGUGCACUGAACUGUGUGAUAAAGUUUUCAACUCUGUGCAGAAUCAAGAAUCGGUUCGAAGGUCUAUUCAGUUAACCACUACAAAGUAUUUAAGGUCAACAACAAAUUUCACUUUGGAUGAAUCUGCAAAAAAUAAAAUUAAAAAAGUUACACUGAAAAAGUUAGAUGCUCAACCGCGGAAACAUGAUGAAGAAAUAGUUUUCAGUACAGAUCCCGGUACAAGCGGGACCAAUGAAAGUAACAAUGAAGUAGAGACUCUAGUAAAAGAAAACCUGAUAGAAACAGCCGAUGCAAUUGUCGGAAGCGACUGCCCAUCUUGCGCGGAAAAAGGGGUGUCUUGUGUCGGAAGAUGCCCUACUGAUCGCAAAAAAAUGGAAUAA